AAGGAGGACGAGUCCCGCGGAGGACUCGGCUGCCCCGAAGCGGGACGCGGCUUCCGAGGGGACGCGCGCGUGGACGCCACGCCGCCGAGCCGUUCUCCAAAGCCGAGCCCCCGAGAGGAGGGGCUCGCCCCAGCCAGCAUUGUCUUUUAGGCCGGACGCCCAUACAGCAAACUUUCGGGUUGGAAAGCGGGAAGGAUUCCGGGUGGGCGAGCGGAUGGUGCCGUCCGCUUCUUGGCCACAACCACAGCAGCCGAGCUCAGCCCUGUGUGGAGUUGGGGGGACCACCAUGGCGUCCCCUCCCGACUGGCUUUUCUAAUGCUGCUUUAAACUUUUUGAGGUUGUGAGUUUUCGGAGGAGUCGAGAGGCAUUUUUCCCGAUCGAACUCUGCGCUCCGUUUUCCUGAUGUGCUCCGGUACUCGGGGGCGAGCCGUGAAGCAAGAGACAGAGUAGACAGACAGACUGCUGGAAGAUUGCAGAUUCUGGGGUAGGAAAGAACUGGACAGUGGAGCCUGAAGAUUUGAAAUCAUUAUGGAUCCAAGCCUACUGAGAGAUCGAGAGCUGUUCAAAAAACGAGCUCUUUCCACUCCUGUGGUAGAAAAACGUGCUGUGCCUUCUGAGUCACCGUCCUCCUCCUCAUCCAAGAAGAAGAAGGCAAAAGUCGAACAUGGAGGAUCCUCAGGCUCUAAACAAAAUUCAGAUCAUAACAAUGGAUCAUUUAACUUGAAAGCUCUGUCUGGAAGCUCUGGGUAUAAGUUCGGUGUUCUGGCUAAGAUUGUGAACUAUAUGAAAACACGACAUCAGCGGGGAGAUACUCAUCCUCUAACNUUGGAAGAGAUUCUGGAUGAGACACAGCACUUAGACAUUGGACUCAAGCAGAAACAGUGGCUGAUGACGGAGGCUUUAGUCAACAAUCCCAAAAUUGAAGUAGUGGAUGGGAAAUAUGCCUUCAAACCUAAGUACAACUUGAAAGAUAAGAAGGCCCUGCUUAGGCUUUUAGACAACCAUGACCAGCGGGGACUAGGAGGAAUUCUCUUAGAAGACAUAGAAGAGGGACUGCCUAAUUCCCAGAAAGCUGUCAAGGCUUUAGGGGACCAGAUACUAUUUGUAAGUCGUCCUGAUAAGAAGAAAAUACUUUUCUUCAAUGAUAAAAGCUGUCAGUUUUCUGUGGAUGAAGAAUUCCAGAAACUGUGGAGGAGUGUCACUGUGGAUUCAAUGGAUGAGGAGAAAAUUGAAGAGUAUCUGAAGCGACAGGGUAUUUCUUCCAUGCAGGAAUCUGGACCAAAGAAAGUGGCCUCCAUUCAGAGAAGGAAAAAGCCUGCUUCACAGAAAAAGCGACGGUUUAAGACUCACAAUGAACACUUGGCUGGAGUGCUGAAGGAUUACUCGGACAUUACCCCUGGCAAAUAGGGAACACUUUUAUUCCUAAACACAGUUACAGACACNCANUCGAGAUCUUUCUUGAUGCUUGNGAUCUCAAGACUUUCUGCCUUCCUGUCUNCUCCUCAGGACUGAGGAGAGGAGCUGUUCAGUUUACAGAACAGGAGCGGAUUACCAGACUCAUUCUUUUCAUCCAGCAAGCUAGUGGGAAGGAAUGGGUGCUCCUGUUUAACUUUCUGGGGUUGUUUGUUUUAUUUUAUUAGAAAGACACUUACAUGACACUCAGGUGUCUGCUAUUUAUCUUGAUUUCUAAAUGCUUCUGGAUUCCAUGUUUUCUCUAUUCUUCUAGAAGAAGUUGGAGGAUAGUGCUGAAUGCAGUUUUGUUUAUUCCACGAAAAAUAUUUAUAAUAAAAUCAUUUGUAGGAAGAUCUUUAAGAAGUUAGGAAAUUCAGUUUGUCUCUUACUUCUUGAAAAUGGCAGGGAGCAGCUGCAGUCUCUUGACUUGCCCGGGUGGAUGUUUAGGAUAUGACAGAGAUUAGAGUCAGUACUGUUGACGUAAGGAUUUCAUCUUUGGAACACAGGGUAUGUAUGCCUCUGGUUAAUAAGCUAAGCAAUAAAAUUACACUAAAUGUAAA